AUGUUAUUUUUCAACGGAAUUCCAGUAGCUGAGCCAAUUGAGGUGUUCCACAAGAACAAGCUCUACCUUCAAGAGCAAGAUCCAUUGAAGGUCAAUUUAACUAUUGGAGGUAACUUACUUUUUUAAUUUUUUUUUGUUUUAGCGUUUAAUUUCAAUCUAUGUUAACAAAAUGUGGUGAACAUGACUUACUUCUGUAAUUUAGCCUACCGUACCGAGGAAAACAAGCCAUGGGUUUUGCCAGUAGUCCAACAAGCUGAACGAGAUCUUGCUUUGGACGAAAAACUCAACCAUGAGUACCUCCCAGUUCUUGGUCUUCCAGAAUUCACCGACGCUGCUGUAAAGCUUGUUUUAGGCGAUGACAGUCCAGCUGUAAAGGAUGGCAGAGCUUUUGGAGUUCAAUGUUUGUCUGGUACUGGAUCGUUGAGAGCUGGAGCUGAGUUUUUGAAGAGAUUGUUAAACCUGGAUGCCGUUUUGGUCUCUCAACCAACUUGGGGUAACCACAAGUUGAUCUUCCACAACGCUGGAUUCACAUCUGUCAAGGCCUAUAGAUAUUGGGAUGCGGGCAACAAGAAGAUCGACAUUGAUGGAUUCUUGGCUGAUUUGCAAGCUGCUCCAGAAAAGUGAGUUCAAUAGUAGUUAAAAGGUCAAAAACGUGUUUGAACUUUGCCUACUUUUAUUUGUAUGCAGUUAAUUAGCUUGUUAGAACGUUUUACUAUGUUAUUUUAAGCGUUUCAAAAAAAAGAUAACUUGUUUUUUUUAAUUAUAAAUAUAAAAAGAAGUUUUUUUGUAACAUGUAAUUCUUAAAAUUCACUGUAAAUGCAAUGUUUCAGAGCAGUAGUCGUACUUCAUGGCUGCGCCCACAACCCAACUGGUAUGGACCCAAGCCAAGACGAGUGGAAGAAGAUCUGCGAAGUUGUGAAGCAAAAGAACCUGUUUACCUUUUUUGACAUUGCCUACCAAGGAUUUGCGUCUGGAGACCCCGACAAAGACGCAUGGGCCAUCCGCUACUUUGUUGAACAAGGUUUGGAGAUGGUUGUUGCUCAAUCUUUUGCCAAGAACUUUGGUUUAUACAACGAAAGAGUUGGCAAUUUGGCUAUCGUCGUCAACGACAAGAGUACCAUUGAAGGCAUCAAGAGUCAGAUUCAACUAGUCAUCAGAGCCAACUGGUCCAACCCACCAGCUCAUGGCGCUCGAAUUGUAGCCAUGGUGCUGAAUGACCCCACUAGAAGACAACAGUGGUACGAUGCUAUCAAGACGAUGAGCUCAAGAAUCCAACAAAUGAGAGAAGCCUUGUUGAAGCUGUUGACUGAGCAAGGAACUCCAGGCAAAUGGGAUCACAUUGUAAAACAAAUUGGAAUGUUCAGUUACACUGGAUUGACAAGUAAGUUCUUGUUCAUAUUGUCGUAGAUAAUGUUUUGCCGUUGCUUUUCUUUUUUUUUGUUAGCUUGAUCUUUCUACGGAAUUUUGGUUAACGUUUUGAUCUUAAUAGUCCCGUAUAUAUGUUGUAGUAUAUUAACUUAUGGGAACGUUAGGUAUCAUUUAAGAUUAAGAAAUAGGAAGUUAUUUUAAAUGCAAAAGUACGUCAGUUAAUCUUCUGAAUCAUCAAUGAAUAGCGACCGUAUGCCAAUGUUGAAGGAAAUGAAACGUGCUUCUUAACACGCGACGUUGUCAUUUACGUACCAAAAAAAAGUUUAAGAAGUCGGAUUAUCAUUACCUACUGAUCUCUGACUACGAAACUAAUAAAAGUGCAACCGUACAAAGAAAUGAGCAUUUCUAAAGAUUUUAAAAUAUAUUCUCAUCUGAUAUUCCAAGAUGGGUUGCAAGAUAGGGUUUAUUAGAAGUUCAAGACUUUUAUGAUAGUUUUAAUUAUUUUUCAACAUAUUUUUUUUUCAGAAGAACAAGUGGAUCGCCUCAUCAAUGUCCACAAAGUCUUCCUUCUCAACGAUGGCAGAAUCAACAUUUGUGGAUUGAACACCAAGAACGUGGAGAAGGUCGCCAAGGCCAUCGAUGAGACCGUCCGCAACAUCCCCAGCCGCCUUUAA